CUAGAAGUCACGCUGCCGAGCGCCAGGAUGAAGCAGUUGCCUGCAGCAACAGUUCGCCUCCUGUCCAGUUCCCAGAUAAUCACAUCAGUGGUCAGCGUCGUGAAAGAACUCAUUGAAAACUCCUUGGAUGCUGGAGCCACCAGCAUCGACGUGAAACUGGAGAACUACGGGUUUGAUAAAAUCGAGGUCCGGGACAACGGCGAGGGCAUCAAGGCCGUGGACGUCCCUGUGAUGGCCGUGAAGUACUACACCUCCAAGAUAAACAGCCACGAGGACCUCGGGACCCUGACGACCUACGGCUUCCGCGGGGAAGCCUUGGGGUCGAUUUGUAGUGUGGCGGAGGUGGUAGUCACAACAAGGACGGCUGCUGAUGACUUUAGCACCCAGUAUGUGUUAGAUGGCAGUGGCCACAUACUUUCUCAGAAACCCUCACAUCUUGGUCAAGGUACUACUGUAACUGCUCUGAAGUUGUUUAAGAAUCUGCCUGUAAGGAAGCAGUUCUACUCGACUGCUAAAAAGUGUAAAGACGAGCUCAAACAUGUGCAGGACCUCCUCAUAAGCUACGCCGUCCUCAUCCCUGACCUCAGGAUUAUUUUUAUACAUAAUAAGGCAGUCAUUUGGCACAAGAGUAGAGUACCGGAUCACAGGACAGCUCUCAUGUCGGUUCUGGGGACUGCUGUGGUGGCCAACUUUGACGCUGUUCAGCACCACUGUGAAGAAUCUCAGAUUUACCUAAAUGGAUUCUUCCCAAAACUUGAUGCAGACCACAUUUCCACAAGUCUUUCCAGCCCGGAGAGAAGUUUUAUCUUUAUUAACAGUCGACCAGUACACCAGAAAGAGAUACUGAAGCUAAUCCGACGUUAUUAUAAUCUGAAGUGCCUGAAGGAGUCUACUCGGUCGUAUCCCAUUUUCUUCCUGAAAAUUGAUGUUCCUUCAGCUGAACUGGAUGUAAAUCUCACCCCAGAUAAAAGUCAAGUAUUAUUACAGAAUAAGGAAGCUGUUUUAAAUGCUCUUGAAAAUCUGAUGGUGACCUGUUACGGACCGCUGCCCAGUACAGAGUCUUGUGAAAAUAACAAAGCAGCCGUUUCCACAGCCAACAUGGCUGCUCGUGAGACAGCAGAAACAGAUGUGCCCGUGAAUACAAUGAAGUCACCUGGAAAUAAUUACCCAAAUGCUGAAACUUUGGCUGUCCACUUCCAAAAUGAUGAAUCUAGAGAAAACACUGCUAAUUAUUUAAAUCAACAGAAAGAUGUAAGCAACCACUGUGAUGGUCAUUUUAGUAGUGAACAUCCUCACAUUAAUAAGGACACAAGAAGUCCUUUUCAAAGUGUCUCCAUGGAUAGUUCCCCCUCAGAGCCUGUCCAGAGUUCCGCAGGCUCUGGUGACCAUAUCCAAGGAGAAAAUGGCAGGAAUGGGACAGAAGAACGUGGUGAAGGUGGGGGAGAAUCAUUUCUCGAAAAAUCUCUGGCAAUCUGUGCCGACGACUGGAGCAAGGGAAACGUGUUGAAUGCGAUGGGAGAGAAUAUUGAACCUGUGAGAAUUUUAGUUCCACAGAAAAGUCUAGCGUGUAAAGUUAGCGACAAUAGUUACCCAGCCCUUGAACCGAAGAAUCUCAGUGAUGGUCCUUGUAGCAAAACACCCAACGUAAUAGAUAACAGACCCGGACAGCUUACAGCCUAUGACUUAAUUAGCAACCGAGCAGUCAAGAAGCCCAUGGCAGCAAGGGCCUUGUUUGUUCAAGAUCGUCGCACUCAGUUCCUCGCAGAAAAUCCCAAGACUUCUUUGGAGGAUGCAGCGGCACAAAUUGAAGCACUGUGGGAGACUCUGAGUGAGGAGGAAAAACUGAAGUAUGAGGAAAAGGCUAAGAAAGACUUGGAACGAUACAAUAAUCAAAUGAAGAGAGCUGUAGAGCAGGAACCACCAGUAGCCUUCAAAGAUGGCAGAAAAAAGAUAAGGGGCACCAGUGCAUGGGGCUCGGCGCAGAAGCACAAGCUGAAAGCCUCGCUGUCUAACCAGCCGAAGCUCGAUGAGCUCUUCCAGUCCCAGAACGAGAAAAGGAGGAGUGAAAACAUCAGAAUAGCGGAGGUCCCCUUUUCUAUGGAGAACUUAAAAGUGAACUUCAGGAAGCAGAAGGAAGCCGACUUAGAAGAGAAGGAUGAGAUUUGCCUGAUCCACGGUCUCAAGUUUCCUGAUGCGUGGCUGGUCACGUCCCGAAGAGAUGUCAUGUUACUGAACCCGUACAGAGUGGAGGAAGCCCUGCUGUUUAAGAGACUUCUUGAGAAUCAUAAACUCCCCGCAGAGCCCCUGGAAAAGCCAAUUGUGUUAACUGAGAGUCUUUUUAAUGGGUCUCAUUAUUUAGAGGUUUUACAUAAAAUGUCGACAGUUGACCAGCGAUACGGUGGAUCAACUUACCUGAGUGACCCUCGUCUGACAGCAAAUGGCUUCAAGAUCAGGCUGAUACCAGGAGUUUCCAGUACUGAAAACCUCUUGGAAAUAGAAGGCAUGGCUAAGUGUCUCCCGUUCUAUGGAGUCAUGGAUUUAAAGGAAAUCCUUAACGCCAUAAUAGACAGAAACGCGAAGGAGCCUUACCAGUGCAGACCCCGGAAGGUGACGAGUUACCUGGAGGGGGAAGCAGUCCGUCUCUCAAGACAGCUGCCCAUGUACUUACCAAGAGAAGACAUCCAAGAGCUUAUCUCUAGGAUGAAGCACCAGUUUGGAAAUGAAAUUAAAGAGUGUGUUCAUGGCCGCCCAUUUUUUCACCAUUUAACCCAUCUUCCAGAAAGUUCAUGAUUAAGCUUCUGACAGUUAUUAACUGUUGACGUUGAUGUGGUUUUCAACCAUUUUUGUACUAUCAUGUAUCAAAAUGAUUGUUUUAUAAAUGAGGAUUUACUAGCCUAUUUGUAUACUGAAAAACUGUUUUGAAGUUUAUAUAUAAAUAAAUAAUAUGCAGUAUUGA